AUGGCGGCGCCGGUAUCGGCGUACAAGGACCGGCAGUUCAUUGCUGUCAUUGGGGACGAAGACUCUGUCACAGGUCUCCUCCUUGCUGGUAUCGGCCAUGUCACCGAUCCCCCGGACUCACAGAAGAAUUUCUUGGUUUGCGAUGCAAGGACGGAAAGAUCACAGAUCGAACAGGCGUUCAAUAGAUUCACGAAAGAGCGUAAAGAUAUUGGCAUCGUCCUGAUCAACCAACAUCUUGCGGAACAGAUACGGGAUACUGUGGACAAGUUUCAGGAUGCCUUCCCUGCUGUUUUGGAGAUCCCCAGCAAAGACCAUCCAUAUGACCCAGAGAAAGACAGUGUGUUACGACGCGUGAGGAGAUUAUUUGGAGAAUGA